GCUCUGCGCGCUCCCGCGGGGGCUCCCGCGGGAGCGCGCUUCUCGCUGCACCGGAGACUGAGACUGAGAUCCUGCAGCAGCAGCGGGGCGGACACUCACACCGGGACACACGACCAGGGGACGCUGCUCGGACCAGCGGGACCAUGGAGGCGGGUUUGAAUCGGGACAAGGUAUCCACCUUUAAUAAGCGACUGAGGGCCGAGCCACGUUACCUGUUGGCCCAGAAUGUGUCGACCUGCAUCGACCCGUUGGAGGUUUGUCUGCACAGGCAGACCGUCCAGGAUACUGUGCACAUCUUCCAGCACUCUAUCCCCACAGAGGGAAAGCCCAUCACUAACCAGAAAAACUCAGGGAGAUGUUGGAUCUUCUCGUGCCUCAACGUCAUGCGACUUCCCUUCAUGAAGAAAUUUAACAUAGAGGAGUUUGAGUUCAGUCAGUCCUAUCUCUUCUUCUGGGACAAGAUUGAGCGGUGCUACUACUUCCUCCAUGCCUGCGUGGAGACGGCGCAGAGGAAGGAACUGGUGGACGGACGCCUGGUCCAGUUCCUCCUUUCCAAUCCAACCAAUGACGGAGGACAGUGGGACAUGUUGGUCAAUCUCAUUGAAAAGUAUGGCGUGAUUCCAAAGAAAUGCUUCCCAGAGUCUCACAGUUCAGAGGCGUCACGCAGAAUGAAUGACAUUCUCAAUCAUAAGCUGAGAGAAUACUGCCUAAGACUGAGAAACAUGGUGGCCAGCGACGCUACAAAAACCGAACUGUCUGAUGCAAUCGAUACCAUGAUAGAGGAGGUGUACCGAGUGGCCAGUGUUUGUCUAGGCAGCCCCCCUGAGACCAUCUGUUGGGAAUACCGGGACAAGGAUAAGAACUUCCACCGCAUGGGACCCCUCACCCCUCAGGAGUUCUACAAGGAACACGUCAAACCCCUAUACAACCUUCAGGACAAAGUCUGCCUCGUAAAUGACCCGCGACCACAGAACCCUUACGGGAAGCUGUACAGUGUCGAGUUCCUGGGAAACAUGGUCGGAGGUCGGAACACGCUGUACAACAACCAGGCCAUCCAGUUGCUAAAGAAGGCCGCCGCCGACUCCAUUAAAGACGGAGAGGCGGUGUGGUUCGGCUGCGACGUCGGGAAGCAUUUCCAUGGAAAACUAGGCAUUAAUGACAUGAAUGUGUUCAACCAUGAGCUUGUGUUUGGCGUCUCAGUGAAGAACCUUUCCAAAGCCGAGAGACUGAUAUACGGCGACUCUCUCAUGACUCACGCCAUGAUCCUCACCGCUGUCACAGACAAGGAGGGGAAGGAAGGCUAUGAAAAGUGGAGGGUUGAAAACUCCUGGGGCGACGACCGUGGGAACAAAGGCUACCUGAUCAUGACGGAUGAUUGGUUCUCAGAGUACGUGUACGAGGUGGUGGUAGAUAAGAAGUUCCUCCCUGCCGACGUCCUGGAGGUGAUGAACCAGGAGCCCAUCGUACUUCCUGCCUGGGACCCCAUGGGAGCGCUGGCGUAGACGCAGAAAUCCAGGUUUUAGCCCCAGCCUCGGGUCUAAUCGACUCCGCCCUAUUCCUCGGCUGCUUUUACCUCUCUGAUAUUUUCCCCGAUACCUCCUUCCGAAACAGCCUGUUCUUGUAGGAAAAUAAAAAUUUUGAUUUCUUUUUUUACUGGA